GGCUGUCGCCGCGACGAAAACAAGAGCGAGCUUGGGGGGCUUGCGGGUAUGGUAACAAUCACCCACUCUGACAAUGAAGGUUUCAACAGGCUGCCGACCACAGACAUCGCGCAUCCCAUCUCGCAGGACACAACCGAUGCUGGAAAAAGGUUUCGACAAGCACAAACCUGGCAUGGGUGCAUGUUGGAUUCAUCCAGCUAACAAACGAUCCACUAAUCUUUUUUUUUUCAUGGAGUUUCAACUGUGCAAUCGACUGUUACGAGCUUCAAAAUAACAUAUUCCAAAACAUUAAUGUUAUCAUGUUUCACUAUGAAACAUAAUUUAAUUCACUCCACUAAUUCUUUGCUGUUAAUAUAAACCGUAAACAGAGCAUAUACUUUGUAAAUAUCUGACCGGGCAGCUGUGUGGUGAGGUGCAAAAAUUAGCUACCACUAAAAUUAUUGGACUGCGCAUUUCUCUAGGCUUAAUGUGUUUAUGAAUGCUAGUGCUUUACAAUUUUAUAUAUCUGUACAUUGAUGCUAAUAUACAGGUUUCAAAUCUUCCCCGUGCCCUUUGCUUUCAAACCAUAGUCGUGGCUCUAAUAGGUAUUAUAGUUGUAAUGUAUAAUAAAUUACAGAUGUGAGCUAUUUGACAUAUUAACUGUCUUGUCGGAAAAAGAUCCGAAAUAUUAUUGCCAAUAUUAAUUUUAUAUCACAAUUUGAAACUGUAAGGAAAAUACAGGACCUCCAUGGAUAAUACUGAAUUCUGUAAUUAAAAAUGAUUUGAACCAACUUCUUUUUGUAGAAUAUAUAGGUUUUUUCACAGCAUUCAAUGGAAACAUUGUACCUGAUUUGAACACCUUCAAGCUAGUCAAUUCUGAAAUAAAUUACUUUCAUAAAAUUUUUCAUGCCAAAUAUAUUGAAUUUCGAAGUACUCUUUCUAUUGCAAAAUGUAAAAUCACGUACAUACAACGGUUGAAAAAAGCUACGUGAACCUUAACAAUUUAGAUCUCUAAAUGAAACACAAACAUUUAUAUUGGUUAAUCAAAUAGUCAUAAAGUAAGAAACAUUUUUAUAUCUGGAAGUAUUAUCUUGAUAAAUUAAACCUCCAGGUCUAUUUUAAAAAUUACAAUAUUCUGUGAUUUUGAAUUUGCUAUUGUAUAUCCUUUAUGAAUUGUGAACAUGUCUGAAGUGCAAUUCAUUUACAUCAGAGUUGUACAAUUUUGUGUUUUCACAUUGAUCCUCAGAUUAUUUUUCUGGCUUUAUACACCUGCUAUUGUAUCCUCUUUGACAUGGCAUAUAGAAACUCACAAAUUAUUCUUGUAGCUUCUAUUCUAUAGCUUCGUUCUGUAGCGUUUUUUAAUUUCAGGUGUUCCAUUUAGGUUCUUAUUUGUCGUAAAAGUUGCAUCUCCACUGGCUGUGUAAUAAAUAAGUAUUAGCUUAGAAUUACACAAGUCACCGAAUUUUAAAGAAUCUUCCAUUUGGCAAGCUACCUCCAACAUUUCACGAUAAAGACGAGCAGUGCAAACAGAAGUUUGCCAGAUAUUCCAAAAGAUGGAACGACGGUCGAAGCUGGUCGAGUUGAAACAGUACCUCAAGAUGUUAUCUAUGAGGCUAACGAGGUUAUGUGCGAUCCGUCCGUCCUUUAUGCAACUGUUGAGGAAAAAAACUCUCGGCGAUCAGAUGUCAGGAGAGGAGCAAGAGAACUUGAAGAAACUUCUCUGCAAAGUGCACAGAUUGAGCAAGAUUCAAUGUCUCCGUAUACGAGACUGAAGAAUCCUGGAUCUAAGAAUGACGAACACCCUUAUGCCCAGGUGCAAAGUGUUCAAAAGACUGAAGCUACGCAACUAAACAGGAAUAACGUUGGCCAUUUAGUAGAUACUAGUCUUCCAUCGUCUUCGUCGUCGUCGUCAUCAUGUAAUCAUACGAGUGCCAAUCCUAUCGCCCCGCCAAGAGCUCGAAAAUCGUCUUCUCAUAAUUCGUUAAUAAGCUCUGAUCCUCUUCCGGAUAUUCAAGCUGCAACUGCUAUCACUGGUGGAGUUCAUGCCAAUCAAGAUUUACCUUACAUGACGCCACCUAUACUCAUGCCUCUCCCUGAACCACCACAGCUAAAUCAUCACGAGGAGAGGCAACAGCACUUCAGUGGAGAUUCUCACGAUUCCAAGGGUUACACAAGCAUAAGUGUAAGGGAACCCUUAGCAAACAUACUCGCGCAAACAAAAGCUGCACAGCAAGAACGUCAACAACAACGUGGAUUAACUGACCCUCAUUAUGCUACAGUUUCUGAUGAUUCAGAUGAAAUGUAUGCAGCAAUUGAUGAACAAGAGAAGGUAUACACAAGUGGAAGUGAAACCUAUGCUCAAAUACAGCCGAUGGUACUUGAUUCAGUUAGGGUGCAGCAAAAUGAGCAAAUACAUUCAAUGCAGCCAUUGCAUGUGGAUGAUUUGUACGCGUCAGCGCCUCAACCUCCAAGUGUUGAUAGUCUCAGACAUGUGGCACAUGCUCAUUCUAGACAAGCAUCAUCAUCAAGUGCAACCAGUUCAGUUGCUAACCUUGGCUCUCCAAAACCUGAAAAACGUCAAGCAAAUUCUCCACUGCCACCACCACCAGAGACGAUGUCAGACGUUUAUGCAUCUGUUGAGAAACGAGGCUCUAAAGAAGAUCGCUUAAGAGCCAGUAUUGCCUCAGGGAAAUCCUUAGAAGAUAUGUAUGCUAAAGUAAUGAAGAAGAAGCGAGACAUUGAUGAUGAGCAAUUGGAUAUACCAACAAUGAGUAGCAACAACCAUCACGGGGAAAACCCAGUUUUAAAUAGAAAACAUAGCCUUAUUGAAGUCAGUCGAACGUCGUGGUCAAGCCAUGAUUCUAUAGAAUUUCAAAGAAAGGACUUGGAAUUAUCCAAUUUUGCCGUGGGUAAUAGCAGUGCAAAUUUUCCGACUGAGAGUGAAGGAAAUUUGCUAAAUCUUGCAUUAAAACAGAACGAAGCUGACGCAAGUAAGUCUGGUUCAGAUCCAGGUUACGAGGCAGUUAAUGUUAACCGAAAAAGUAGCAUAGUUCGAACUGUCUCAGACAUCGAUCCAAAUUAUGAAGUGUUGCGGCCACAAUUUUCCAGGGUCAGUAAAAAUCUAAAUUCCGUAACGCAGAACAAUGGAAUUGAUGUAGCCCUUAUGUAUUCUUCGCCAUAUAAACACAGGCAAAUCAGUAAUGCAAGCAGCGAGGAUCCUGGCUAUGAAAAAGUUCGGAUGCGGCGCAGAAUUGAUUUGGAUCAAGAUACAGAUUCAGAACCGAAUUAUGAAAGCAUGCCCCAUGACCCUGGGGAGCCAAAUUAUGCCUCUGUCUGUCGGCCAGGUGACAGCGAUACAGACCCCAAUUACGAAUCUGUUAGUCAAAGUGACCCAAAUUACGAAAGUGUCAAGUAUUUGACUGUCAGCCAAAAUGAAGAUCCACCUUACGAGCAAGUGAACAAUUAUAAAAGCAAUAUCAACCUUGACGAUUACGAAAUGGUGCGGAAUAAAAAUGAAGGUGACCCUAACUAUGAAAAAAUAAAAAUGAGCCAUUCAACGAAUCUUGCACAUGAUGGUGAAACCGAUGAUGAGCAAUAUAUUCAUGUCUGAAGGUCAAUGAACGUAUAUGUUGAUAUUCUACCUGCCUUAAGUAUAUACAGACACUCAGAUUGAUUAUGACGCCUUCGAUAUCCCUAGUAAUUUUGAGAGCCAUGGUUUCGAAUGAGCACUGUUGGUACUGCCGGCCGCACGCGUCUGAAUUUGUUCCACUCGCUGCUCGGCUUGAACCGGCAAUGCCUACAGCGCUCAUUUGGAACCGUGCGUUGGCAAAUUAAUUACUAGAGAUCUCGAAGGAGUCAGAAGCAAUCCAAGUGUUUGUUACAUAUAUGCAUGCGAAAUGACCAGUGUGUGUUUGCAAAUUUUUUUUGACAUCACUUGUUCAUUCUAGAAUCUUUGACAAUAUGACUUUUGCUGCCAGACUAAUAUCUAGCGUACAUUACGCAGAUCUUUAUUGCUGGUAGAUUAUAUAACACUGGCGUGCAUAAAAAAAUAUAUAUGAAUAUGUAUAUUUAGUUUAUAAUUAUUUAUUCUCUCGUCCAUUUAUGGCAUAUAAAUAUUUUCUAUCAGAAGUAGAACAUAUUAUCAGCUUUUUUCUCACUCCGAGUAGUGGUUGUUCAUAGUUUAUAUAUUUUUCUACCAGUUUUAGUGCCUAAAUUUCAGUAAUAGGAUUCUUAUUAUUAAAAUGAAAAGCAAUAAAGACAGAUGGACAUCCCAGUAAAUGCAGUUAAAUAGGUGAACCACCAAUUUAAGUCGUCGCACUGCCACUACACACUAUAUUAAUUCGAAAACACAUCAAUCGAAUACUGUACUUCUGAACUAGUGUUAAAAGUAUAGAUAAGUACCAACAGUGAAAAGAUCUUCAUUUUUUUUUUUUACUUUGAGUUUUAUAUUCACUGCUGAAAUUAUGUUUAUUACGAGCAUCCUAUAUCAGUUGGUCUAUUUGUCUGUCACUAUUGCAUUAUUCAGAUUCAUGGUGCCUAUUAUAUUACUUACCUGUACCUUUCGUUACUGAGCUGUCAGUUACGUUCCAUUACACAAAUUGCGCCGAUAAGAAUUGAAACUAUUGUUAAUGACUGAAUUUUGAUAAAGUAUUUAGUUGGUCAUACUGUUCAUUGAAUAAAUAAUGCUUUAUGGAUUUUUUUACACUAUCGAUAGUACAUUCGAUACGCGUUUUUAACAAAUUUGAAUAAAGUUUAUCUUCAUCAUUUCAAGGCAAAAUUUUAUCAAUUGUCUCAGUCUAAACUCCCGUUUACUCAUAAUUCACUACAUCGUUUAAGGCAAAAAGAAAUAUAUUUUCAAGUGUACUUUCUAAUACUUUACAAACUAAUCAUGCUCCAAGUUUAUCACUUACCAAGAUUACUAACCACAAUCAAUUUUAGUACUUGUAUGCUUUUGUUUUUCAUUCGGUAUGUUACGAUACAUACUCAAUUAGACUAAAACCUUUAUGUGUAAUCAACGUAAUACGUGCUAGUGAAGAUAUACGUAUGCUCGCAAGUAAUAGUAACAUCUUUAACAAGCAACUGGUAGCCUUUCAAGUUUUCACAACAUCGUUCCUGGAAAAUAAAUUUAGUGAUUAAAAAAAUAUGGAUUUAUGUCAAAGACGUGCAAUUGUUGGUGCUAGAAAGUAGAUGACUGAAAAUGGUAUGCACAUACAACUAAGGAUAUCCGUAUCGCAAGAAAACUAAGGAAGUGAAUUUGCACCCAAGUAUCACAUGUAAUACAUAGAGAAUAUUUAGGGUUGCUGCAUAGCUGAAUCUCAACGUGGCAAGCAUUCUAUCGUUUUUACAAUACAAUAAAGAAAAGAUUCAAAUAUUUAUACCGAAAAUAUAGUUUUAUCGAUUCAUUACCUUCAUCAAUGUAAUUGUUUUUUUUAUACAUUAUUCAUCUAAUUCCAAACUGACAGACGUGCAUUUUCUCUGAAAUAUAUUCGUCUAAUUGAUCACAAAGUAUCGAGCAAGUCGCUGUGUCAACGGCAUCAGAUAACCAGUCAUGAAAUCGACUCAAAGACAGAAAUCGCGGCUUAGAUAAAACGAUUGCGAAUUGUUCAGUUCAUUGCGACAAUUAGUUUGUAAGGUUUUCGCUUCUGGUUUCUGUAAUUAUAUUUUGAAAAAGCUUAGUAAUUAGACUGAUCCUGUGAGUGAGAUUAUAAUAAGUUUGUGCAUGAAGGGUGAAUUUUAAAUUCCUACAAAUAAUACACAGGUUUGAAACUGGUUUGAUUAAAAAAAUGUAUUAUUCUCAUUACUGAGAACUCGAUUUAUAGACACCACAAUGACAAUUCGCGUUUUAUGGCCUCUACGUGGAUUAACAAUGUAAAUGCUAUAGCUAUCACUUAUAUUAGUUAUAUUAUCUUUAUGUGUUUAUGUUUUUAUAUAAUAGGGUUUUAUUUUUGCAACUCAUUUGUGAACUGCGCUCCAUUAUAUUAAUAAAUCAUAAAUGAAGGUUGAACCAGAAUAUCUUCGAAGAACUGAUCUGGUUCGAGAGAGUUUUCUCGAAGUGACAUUCACUUAUUUCGUUUCUGUAGACUUGCACUUGAGAAGAGUAGUUGACAGGGGUCAAAUUCAAAUGCACCAUUUGUUAAAAAAUGCACUCGCGUUAGUGGCCAUAGUUCUUUGAAAAUAAUUCCAUCAACAUUGUUUGCCUCUCAAUGCACUGUGUACUGUUCCAAAUUAAAUGUGAACAGUCGAUUGAUGGGCACAGUUUCAUUAUGUUACUUAUGUUGGAUUGAUAUAUGUAACAACAAUUGUAGUGUGUACUACAGAUGCCUGAUUGUUACAUGUGUUGUUAUAGCGAAGGAUCAAACCUAGAAUAUAUUAAGCCUUUGCUCAUGGUCAAAAAGUGCUUAGGCAGAGUUUCUUCGACAAAGUGCUUGUUCCAGUUACAUUGUUAUACCUUUUAUCUUGAGGUCUGUUUGAUGUUCACCUUUGUAUAAAUUCUUUUGCCGAACAGUGAAUAUUUAAUAGUAAGUUCCACAUACCAUUAACUGCAGUCAAUGCCAAUAUUCGCCUGAGUCGUUUUUGAACGAUAUUUUGAUCAAUAUUAAUUUCGGGAUCGACGUUAUAAAAAUAUUUGUGAACCAAUUAUUUUUCUUCUCGCUAAAGCAGUGAAUCUGUAAUGCAAGAAUUACAGGCAUUUAUUAUACCAAACUCUAUCAGAAAGUUUUUCAAUUUGAUGAUUGGUUCAUAUUUUUUGAGCAAUCAUAUGCUGUUGUUCUUUAUGCGUAAUUUUUUCUUUCAAAUCUCCCUAACAUCAAUAUCGUAUUUGCAUUUUCAUAAUUAAAAACUAUGAAUAGUCUUUAACGUUGUAGAAUAAAUAAUCGACACUAUUGCAAUUAGAAGAAAAUAAAGAAAUAAUGAGCUAAUUACCACAUCAAAAUCGAAAUGACCAGAUAAUUUGAAAAAUGUAGUUUUUCUACACUUACUGUCAUUUGUAGAUGUGCUAAAUACAAGCUCAGUAUAAUCCCCUUAUGUUAUCUUGCUGCAUUUUGCAUUCAUGAGAACCCGAGGAAAAUAUUUUACUCUAUUGUUGUAAUCAGUUAUUAUUCAAGUUGAUUUGUGCGGUAUUAUUUAGGCAGUACUAACACGGAUGUUGCAUUUGAAUUCCUAUGUUUCAAAGUAUACGUGUAUUUAGCUGGUACAGAUUUUAGAUUGGCAUCGUGCAAGAUUAUUUCUAAAAUAAUUUAUUCCAUGUGACGUGUAAUAAUUAUACCUUUCAAUUGAUGUGCUUCCUCGUCUCAUUUGCUUAUAUUACAUUUUGAGCAAGAAAAGCAUUGUAUAUGAAUGUGAUUUGGGAACAGCUGCUGUUGUUUUCAAUUCUCAUACACUAUUCAAUGUCAAAACUGAACUUAACGAAAUUAUGUUAUUGUAUUUUUGGUUUUCUCAUGUGAUGGAUCGCGUGAUCUAGAACUCAUAACUUGUUGAACUCAAAAUAAGAAUUCUGUUAUUAACCUGCACGUUAUAAGAUUGCUUUGUUCCGAAUUUCGACUCACGUUUACUUUACACAUAUUUCAUUUUUAUGUCCAGUGUAUAUACACGUGUAUUGUGUGAUUUAAUUAUCAUAGUUUAGAAUAUUCUUUGGUAUAGCUCCGAUGGCAGCAUUUAUCGUGAAAUAUAUAUUUACGUGUAAUAACUAUAAAAUUCUAAACAUCCUAACUUUAAACUUUAAAGAAUUGGUAAUUAUCGUUUUUUAUGCAUGAAACUGUUUCCAUGUAUUCACAAGCAGGCAACUAGAAUCCUUCAAAGGUAACACAAAUAAUACAGUCUUUUGAGAAAGAAAUAUUCUGAUACUUGGAUGAAUUAUAGACACUCACAAUGAUCAAACUUUCGUAGAUCGUAUUACCAGAAUUUUAUAUAAUAGCAAUUUCGUAAUAUGAAUGGUUAAUGUCCGUUGCCAACGAAAAUUUCUACUAUUAUUAUCAAUAGAAUAAGCGAAUCGAUUGGAAAACACGUUAAAAGCUGGAGUCUUACAUCCAAUCUUAAUGUAUUUAAAUAGUAUACAGUUUACAGUAUACAAAGAAAUGCAUUUCGUGUGUAAAAGUAACAAAAUGGCUUAUUGUAUUGUGAAUACGUAAUGAUCUCUAUCGAUUAAACACACACACAAAAAUAUAUUAACAAGCGAAAUAUUUGUACAUUCAUGACUCGGACUGAUUAUUUUGUUUUCGAAUAUCAUUUUAAUCGAAAUUAGAAAAUUAUUACAUCCGGACAGAGACAAAUAUUGGUGGUUUUGUCUCAGUAUGACGUAUGUAUAACUGACGCUCGUACAAUUAAAUUAGUGAGUGACGGUAUUUAUGCUUUUGUAGACCUUUGGCUUCUACACCGUUAUAUUUGAACCAGCACAUAUGCUUAUAAAUAGUUAGUUUUACUCUGACGCUACUUAAAGAAUUGCAGGAUGUGUGGCAUUAUAGUAAUUAUAGUUCAACGAUAAACGAAGAAUUAA